AUGUCUGUUGUUAUAAAGACAAGCAUGCCUAAAGUAAAGUUGCGCUCACCAAAAGGGCGGCUACAAAAAGAAUUAAAAGAAAUUGAGGAAUUAGAAGAUCGAUGUCAAGCUCUGUCACUCGAAGAAGAAAUAAUAAAGUUUUCAGAAUUACCAAUCACGGAACAGACUUUGCGAGGUCUCACCAAGGCAAAUUACACUGACCUGACUAGGAUACAGCAGCAUGCUAUUCCUCUCGCACUAAAGGAACGCGACGUUUUGGGAGCUGCCAAGACAGGCAGUGGAAAGACAUUGGCUUUUCUCAUUCCUAUUCUUGAAAUCCUUUACCGCCGUCGCUGGUCUCAACUUGAUGGUUUAGGAGCUUUGGUCAUUGCUCCUACUCGCGAGUUGGCAGUUCAAAUCUUUGAGGUGCUUCGUAAAGUCGGUUGCCAACAUUCAUUUUCUGCUGGUUUGAUAAUUGGUGGCAAAAAUGUGCAAAUCGAGCAGGAACGGAUACAACGAAUGAAUAUCUUGAUAUGUACUCCCGGACGAUUAUUACAGCACAUGGACCAGACUGUUGGGUUUGAUUGCGCUAAUUUGCAAAUGUUAGUUUUGGACGAGGCAGAUAGGAUUCUGGAUAUGGGAUUUCGCAAGACUGUCAAUGCUAUUAUAGAAAAUUUACCAAAAGAAAGACAGACAUUAUUAUUUUCUGCCACCCAAACCAAAGAUGUCAAAGAUCUCGCUAGGCUCAGUCUGAUUGAUCCGGAGUAUGUCUCAGUGGAUGAAUUAUCCGAGCACGCAACACCUAAACGUUUAAAACAACAUUAUUUAGUAUGCGAAUUACCAGAAAAGCUGGAUUUCCUUUUUUCGUUCAUAAAGACGCAUCUUGAUGCAAAAAUUCUCGUCCGCUUUGUGUACGAAACUUUCCGUAAACUUCGUCCAGGCAUAUCGCUUCUCCAUCUUCAUGGGAAACAAAAGCAGUCCAAAAGAGUAGAAAUUUUCAAUCGAUUCAUGCGGUCUAGUUCUUGUUUAUUUUCUACCGACAUUACAUCACGUGGUCUGGACUUUCCAGCAGUCGACUGGGUAAUUCAGGUCGAUGCUCCGGAGAAUGGGGAAACUUAUAUACAUCGCGUAGGGAGGACGGCUAGAUAUGAUGCAUCAGGACAGGCGUUGCUGUUUCUGUUGCCGUCGGAAGUGGAGGGUAUGUUGAAAGUGUUGAUGCAGAAAAAGGUGCCGAUUGAGGAAAUUGAGGUCAGAGAAAAAAUGAAAACCAGUGUGGCACAGCAGAUGCAGGUUUUAUGCUUUAAGAAUCCGGAGAUUAAGUAUCUUGGACAAAAGGCCUUUGUAUCAUAUAUGAGGUCUGUAUAUUUGCAGCGAGAUAAAUCAAUCUUCAAAGUAAAUGAAUUGCCAGCAGAAGAAUUUGCUGCAGCUCUAGGAUUACCUGGCACUCCUAGACUAAAAUUCUACAAAAAGUCGGACGCCAAGAAUGCCAUCCGGCAAAAACCGGAAAAAAUUCCUGGUUUAGAUUCGGACAGUGAAGUUGACACUUUGGCGAAACAUAGCCAUACUGUUGCUGAUGGUAAUGAAUCAUCUUCUGACGACGAGAAAGAUAAAAAGCAACAAUCAAAACCGUUGACAAAGUUUGAUAGGAUGAUGAGGCGUAAGAAUCAAAACGUAUUAAGUGAACACUAUCGGAAACUCGUUGAACUGGAGAAUGAGGAGGGUGGAGGAGACGACGUUCUUUCUGUGAAAAGAGUUGAUCACGAAUUACCUGACGAAUUGUUGGUAGAUAACAAAGGCCCGCAAUCAAAGCGUGCCGCAGCACGAGCUCUUUCUAAAAAACAGUCAAUUAAGAACGUUCCGCGAGGACGUAAAAUAAUAUUUGAUGACAGUGGCGAUCCGCAUGACGUUUAUGAACUCCAAAAUGAGCAAGAUUUUCGUGCCAUUGGAUCACCUAACGAGCAAAUAAAGGUCUUUGUCGAAAAGGAGCUACAAACUGCAUUGGCCGAGAGCGAUGCCGUUGCUCUAGCUACGGGUGACGAAGACGCUACAAUGGGUGAAUUGGAGAGUGACGAAUCUGUAGAACAUGAGAUGGACGAGGUGAAUCAUAAUAAGAGGUUAAAAAGAACAUUUGAUAAUGACAUUCAUGGGAAUAGCGAUGAGAGUAGCAAUAGUGAUACAGAUAAAGAGAGACGUACAAAUAGGAAUCCACGAAAAAGGCAGAAGAUGGUUGAAAUCGAAGAGCCUGAGACGCUUGAAGACCAAGAAGAGUUAGCGUUGAGAUUACUUGCGAGAGCAUGA